UACUUGCGGCGGACGCCAGGGAGGAACCUAGUUGUAGACGAGGAUGAGGAAGCGGAAUUUGAGGCUAUGAUGGCAAGAUAUGAAGACAGGGAUAGGGCAAUAACUAGUGGUGGUGGACGAGGAGAGAAUUCAACUUCUGCGUCGUCGAGAAAUAGGAGGCUGAGAGAGGAUGGCGAUGGUGUGUCUCCUGACAGGGGGACAAGUAGCUUGCAGGAAGGUCCAGAAGCACAACAACAAAAGUCUUCAUCGUCCCCUCCGCAAGGGGAUAAGAAGGACAACACAAACACUCCUUCAGGAGGUACAAGUGUUGCAGUCGCGAACAGCAAGAGUAGUACAACGACAGGAGCAUCAGGAGCCUCUGCUACUUCAGGUGCAGUAGUGUUGAACGAGCAAGCAGGUG